UUCUAAAGUACAGUUUCAAUUUGCUGUGUUUCUUGUGGUGGUAAAUUGUUCAGAAAUUAAAGCAGAUUCAAACGAUUUGUGUGUUAUAUUAGAAAGGGAAAAGGCUCGAGUAUCUCAAGGAGCAGUAUAAAUGGCAACAAAAUUACGAAGAUUACUCAAUUUGGUCCUCAGACAUCAUGUUAAAAUUGGAUUUCUGGGUUACAUUAGUGGUGUGAUUUGGUUUGUUGCGCUACUUCAUCCAUCAUUUAUUAGCCGAACAUAUUUCUCAGAAAACGCCCUCCUGCCAGCUAUGGUCGACACCCAAUACCGUUAUGGUCGUGAGGCAAAAUCUUUAAAAGCUGAAGUUGAGAAUCCUAGUGAAAUGUACAGGGACAAUUUUCCACUGUGGUUAAUGAAUAAAAUGACUGCAAUUGGUUUAGAAGCAUACCAACAGAACUUCACAGUUCAUUUUCCCAAAGAAUUAUCCAUUCUAAAUGAUCCAAUCAAUGGGACGAAUGUUUACGGUAUUUUGAGAGCACCUCGUACUGCAAGGACAGAAGCAUUAGUGUUUUUGGUACCGUUCAAAACACGAAAGACUGGACCAUUUUAUGAACUCGUGUUCUUGCUGUCGUUAGCAGAACAUUUCAGGCAUAACAUAUAUUGGUCAAAAGAUAUUGUAUUCUUGGUGGUUGAUCAAAAUGAAAUUGGUGUACAAUCAUGGUUAGAUGAGUACCAUGGAAUACAGUCGAAAUAUGUGAAGUCCUCUCGAAUGCUAGGCAGAGCUGGUGAAAUACAAGCAGCCAUCAGUUUAGAAUUAGAGGACAGAGAUAUAAGUCACAUGCAAGUUAUGAUAGAAAGUUUGAAUGGACAACUUCCAAACCUCGAUCUUGUGAACAUGGUCAUCAGAUUAUGCAGAAGUGAAGGCAUUUCAGUGGCUUUAAAGAAAUUGCCUGUUCGGUUUUUCAACGAUGGAUUCGACGAGUACAGAAGUUCGCUAAGCACUAUGGUAUCAAUGAUGUUUGGUCAGGCUUCAGGUCGACCAUCAGCCAAUCAUGGCUUGUUUCCCAAAUAUGGUAUUGAAGCUGUUACCCUGUUGGGGAAAAAAGCGGUUGGAGAGGCUCCUGUUGGUUUUGCCAGAGUUGGAAGGGCAUUGGAAGGAAUGUUUCGUAGUCUGAACAAUCUUCUUGAGAGAUUCCACCAAUCCUUUUUCUUCUACCUCCUACCCUCAACGUCCCAUUAUGUAUCCAUUGGUCUCUAUAUGCCCCCUCUCGGCUGUCUCAUGAUUGGACCAAUUUUAGCUGCAAUGGCUUGCUGGAUUGCAUCUGCUCUGGAGAAAGAUGAAAUCAUGGAUAAUGUGGAAGAAGAAUUAGAAAAUAAACAGGAGAAAAAUGGUGACAAAAAUGAGGAUGGUAAAACACAAGAAGAUGAGAGCUCUGGAAAAACAGAUGAAUUACCUAAAAAAGACCCCAUUGAUAAUGAUGAGGAAUUUGCCUUCACUCAAAUACCUCGUCAUUUUGGCAAAGUUCUCCGUGUUAUCCUUGCGGGACAUUUGGUGGGGUUGUUGGUCUACCUCAGUCCAUACAUGUUACGGUUCAAGCAUGUGUUUAAGGUCAAAUGGGACCCUUCAAAUUUCACUAUUUUUGUUUUAUUUGGGGCAUUUCUGCUUGGCUCAAAUCGAGGAUUUAUUAUGAGAAUUACAAACAAUAUGGAAAAAAGAGAUGUGAUCCUGUUAAAAUCUAUCGCUUUGGUGAUAUAUGUUUGUCAAGUUGGAUGUUUGGCAACAGUUAAUUUUUCAUUUGGAUUUUUCCUCGCAAUUUUCACUGUACCAGCUUUCCUUCUUGUCCAGUCCACAAAAAACAGGUUUCGUCGUCAGUUGCAAAUACUACUAGUGUUUUUGGCCUCUCCCCCCUGUAUUUUAUUCCUAUUGAUAGUCGUUUACAGUUUCUUUACGACUGAAACAAAACACAUUAGUGAGCUGAUGCGUAAUUCAAAGACAUUAUUUAGAGACAGUAUUCUUUCAUCUCUUCGUGAUUUGGCACUGCUUGGGACUUGGUCAUAUCCUGUGGUCACUCUGGUUAUCUUGCCUAACUGGCUUCUCUUUUGGUCAGUGGCAAACACAUAGGCUCUUUGGAUCAGGAGGGAAUACAAGGAGUACACAGCCUGUUACAGAAUUAUCUUCAGUAUUGAGGUUUUUUUGUUAUUAAUUUGAAAGAACAAUAGAAAAGAUAUAAUUUCUUA